AGGAGGAGCAGGAGGAGAAACAGGAGUGGGGAGGAGAAGGGGUUGAAGGACGAGGCCAGCUGCCCAGGUAGAAGCCACUCCGCCCCGCUGCGCUUUAGAGCAGGGCCUCGGCCUCCCCUAGGCGACAGACCUUGGCUAGCCCAGGCUGGACCUCGGCUUGGCUCCACCAUCUGCUGCUGAGCGCCGACCCAUUCGACCCCAACACUCGGCAGCAGCGGACUCCGGCGAGCACGCGCGCGCGCCCGUGGGGCAGGGAGCGCGGCUGGCAGCGGGGCCGAGCCGGGAGCUCCGCCUCUCGGCUGCGCACUUCGUCGGGCGGCUCGGCGAACCCCGGGACAGACACUGUGCGCGCCCCCGAAGCGAUGCAGAGUCCCAGAGCCUCUGAAAUGCGGUAGGUACUUCCCUCCAUACCUCCUGGAAUUCUGAAGGGGUGCAGACAUGGCAGGCAAUGCGGCAGACAGCGCUAACCACCUACCCUACUUUUUUGGCAACAUCACUCGGGAAGAGGCUGAGGACUACCUGGUCCAGGGAGGCAUGACCGAUGGGCUGUACCUGCUGCGCCAAAGUCGCAAUUACUUGGGUGGUUUCGCCCUGUCGGUGGCACACAACAGGAAGGCACACCACUACACCAUCGAGAGGGAACUUAAUGGCACCUAUGCCAUCUCCGGCGGCAGGACCCAUGCCAGCCCGGCGGACCUCUGCCACUACCACUCCCAGGAACCUGAUGGCCUCAUCUGCCUCCUCAAGAAGCCCUUCAACCGGCCGCCGGGGGUACAACCCAAGACCGGACCCUUUGAGGACCUGAAGGAGAACCUCAUCCGGGAAUAUGUGAAGCAGACAUGGAACCUUCAGGGCCAGGCUCUGGAACAAGCCAUCAUCAGCCAGAAGCCCCAGCUGGAGAAGCUAAUCGCCACCACUGCCCAUGAGAAGAUGCCCUGGUUCCAUGGCAACAUCUCCAGAGAUGAGUCGGAGCAGACAGUCCUCAUAGGAUCAAAGAUCAACGGAAAAUUCCUGAUCAGGGCCCGAGACAACAAUGGCUCCUAUGCGCUGUGCCUGCUGCAUGAAGGGAAAGUUUUGCAUUAUCGCAUCGACAAGGACAAGACAGGGAAGCUCUCCAUCCCUGAGGGGAAGAAGUUCGACACCCUCUGGCAGCUAGUGGAACAUUACUCCUACAAGCCGGAUGGGCUGUUAAGAGUCCUCACUGUACCAUGUCAGAAAAUUGGUGCACAGAUAGGUCACCCACCAAGUUCAAAUGCUCACCCUGUGACUUGGUCACCUGGUGGAAUAAUCUCAAGAAUCAAAUCCUACUCCUUCCCAAAGCCUGGCAAAAAGACUGCCACACCCCAAGGGAGUCGUCCUGAGAGUACCGUGACCUUCAACCCCUAUGAGCCAACAGGAGGGUCCUGGGCCCCGGACAGAGGCCUUCAGAGAGAGGCCCUGCCCAUGGACACAGAGGUGUAUGAGAGCCCUUACGCCGACCCCGAAGAGAUCAGGCCCAAAGAGGUCUACCUAGACAGGAGCCUGCUAACCCUGGAGGACAAUGAACUGGGCUCCGGUAACUUCGGGACCGUGAAAAAGGGAUACUACCAAAUGAAAAAAGUUGUGAAGACAGUGGCUGUGAAAAUCUUGAAGAACGAGGCCAACGACCCCGCUCUGAAGGAUGAGCUGUUAGCAGAGGCAAACGUCAUGCAGCAGCUGGACAACCCCUACAUUGUGCGCAUGAUCGGAAUCUGUGAGGCCGAGUCCUGGAUGCUGGUGAUGGAGAUGGCGGAGCUGGGGCCCCUCAACAAGUACCUGCAGCAGAACAGGCACAUCAAGGAUAAGAACAUCAUCGAGUUGGUUCAUCAGGUUUCCAUGGGAAUGAAGUAUUUGGAAGAGUCCAAUUUCGUGCACAGAGAUCUGGCUGCAAGGAAUGUGCUUCUGGUCACCCAGCAUUAUGCCAAGAUCAGCGAUUUUGGUCUUUCCAAAGCCCUUCGUGCGGACGAGAACUACUACAAGGCCCAGACCCACGGGAAGUGGCCCGUGAAGUGGUACGCCCCGGAAUGCAUCAACUAUUACAAGUUCUCCAGCAAGAGUGACGUCUGGAGCUUCGGAGUCCUGAUGUGGGAAGCGUUCUCCUAUGGGCAGAAGCCUUAUCGGGGGAUGAAGGGGAGCGAGGUGAGCGCCAUGCUGGAGAAAGGGGAGCGUAUGGGGUGCCCUCCAGGAUGCCCCCGAGAGAUGUACGACCUGAUGAACCUUUGCUGGACCUAUGAGGUAGAGAACAGACCGGGAUUCACAGCCGUGGAGCUGCGACUUCGCAAUUACUACUACGACGUGGUUAACUAACAGCUCUGGCACCUGUUACCGGCCGCCUUGGAUCCUCGAGCGAUCACAGAAACUUCAUUCAGAUGAACUGGCUUCCAGAGUUUCAUCUCCCUCUGCCCAGGGUGAGAGCUAAGAAAAGCUAAGACUUACCUUCCCAGCCGGUCUGGUCCUCCAAAACAGAGCAGCGGCCAAUCCUCAGGGCCCAUGGAUUCAUCUGUCUGGUUCUUGUUACCCUCUGUGUGGUUUUCCUUAUGGUCACAGUCGGGAACUGUUUCCAAAUCAUCUUCUCAUCAUUCUGUUCCUCUGGGUCCGGGAUUGCAAUGUUCCUCUGAAGAUCGGAAAAGUGCCCCGAGGCCUAAGCGAAGGAAAUAACAGAGAAAGCUCAGCAGUGCAGCUGGCAACCACACAGGCGCGUAAGGAAAGCAACACGCCUGGACCCUGGUUUUGCUCUCACGCUGGAGACAGAAAUACCACACGCAUGAGACACACCGACUUGGCCGACCUGGCCCUGGUGUCUGCCUGCCUUCCUGCAGAAUGACCUGAAGUCCGUCCCUGUGUGCUUGCUGAGGGAGGCUGCCAAGGAAGGUGGGCUCCCUUGAUCCUCUGCCCCUGAGCAGAGUCUGUCAGGCGUGGGUCAGACUCCCUCCUCUCUGCAGACGGAAUGCAGCCAGGAUCCCUUCUGAGUCCGUGAUGGCAUCCGCGUCUAUUAGGUUCUUUUCUUGUUGCUGCCACAAAAGACCUGACAGACAAAUUUAAGGGAGGAGGGGUCAGUUUGGGCUCACAGUGGGGAAAGGCCAUCAUGACUGAAAAGACAUUACACCCGGAAGGAAAGACUUGGUGGUCUGAGCAGGAAGCUGGAAGGACAUGGCAUCCACACUCGGGAAGCAAAGAAUGAACAGGAAGUGGAGCCAGGCUACAAGGCCUCAAAGCCACCACCACCCCAGUGACCCACUUCCUUCACCUAGAUCCCGCCUCCCAAAGGUUCCACAAGCUUCCUAGGCAGUCAGUGCUACCAGCUGGGGGCGUUGGGGAGUGGGGAGAGGCAUUUCACAUUCAAGCCACAACAGGAUCCACCCAUUUCCUGUUGCUAUAACUGAACAUCUAGAAGGGUCAUGGACAAAGAAGAGAAAGGUAUCUAGGAGAUGUGUGUGUGUCCAGUCUGAACUUCCACCCAUGAGGUGCAGCAUGAGGCACGGGCCUUCCUGACAGAGCAGGUGAGCCAGCUCAGCUGCCCACCUCUUAGGAAAGCCCGGAUCCCAUCCUAGGGUCCCCCUCAGGACCCCACCUCAUGCCCCAGAGGCCCCAUCUCCAAACACCGUGCUAGUGAGUCUGGGUACUGAACCUUCAAACAUGGACCCUGAGGGGACACGUUCAUACCGGAGCAGAGGGCAACAUGGUGCCCAAGACCCUCUCAAGAUGAGUUCCUGAAUGUAAUUUUAAUCCACAAUAAAACCAGAGAUUUGAUCUUCUCCACAAAGAAGCCUGGCUAAGUACAAUUCCGAGCCAAGGACAUGUGACCCUAGAUUUUCACUCUGUUCUCCUUAUGCGUGGCUUGCUGUUUGAUCAUACACAAGGUGUCACCCCUUCUUGGCACUUUCGCCGAGGACCCUAAAAUUACAAAGGCUGCAUAGUCUUCAUUCUGUGUCUGCGAAUAUACACAAUUGCCAUCUCCACCUCCGAGACACUGUGACAUAAACAGGCAGGGUUGGUGCGGGAAGCCCCACUGGGGGCGGGUGAGGGACGAGAGGGCGCCUCCAGUGCCUUUCAGACUAAGAAUGCUAUAAACUUAGGCAGGAGCCUCUUAAAGGAUUGCUAAGAAGUGCUUAGACACCAUCACUGUGUUUGGAAUUAUGCUGACGGCCAGUCAUCUUGUUAAAGAGGGAAUCCCUGUAUGCAGAACACAGAAUUGCUGAUGAAGUUCCAUGGGUCAGGCCACCUGCAGAUUUAGAGUCAGGAAAGGAAGAAGCCGAAGUAUUGAUUAUGGAGACAGGACCCUCCAAAGCACAUCUGAGCAAGUUCUCUGCUCCCGCUCUCCCCUACCCCCAGGGUGGGGCUAUAAAAAAAGGUCGCCUCGCAGGUUGGGGAGCACACGGGUGAGAACACUGUAAAAGUCUCUGGAUUCCUUCUGGCCUCCCUAGCAGUGUGUCUCCUUUCCAGAGGUUUGGCACUGAUCAUUGUCUAGAUAUGACUGAGCAGGGUGGAGCAGGAUGGAGGCAGAGGCUUUGCCUUCCUCUAGGCCAAAACAGGCUCUCGUGUGCAGAAGUUGCACUGUGGCCAGUGUUCGACGCUCUCAUCCGGUGAAAACCGUGUCUUGCUAUCAAGAUUGAUUCUCCCCGCUGGGGCCGCAGAGGCAGGCAAACAGGGAGAAGAGCCUCCCUGGAUGAUUUAGACUACGUGGAUACUCACAAUUUGCAAGAUCAGAAACCAGCCAAGAUCCUUGGCUGGGCCUCUCUUCACAAGCUUCCUCUGAUGACUGCAACCCCUUCCGCCUGGCAGCAGAGCUCAGUGAGUGCCUUUUACCUAUGACCCUUUGCCAACAGAGGACAAGGAGCCUCCCAAGCUGCCUCGCCGCACCCCGCUGACCACAAAUACCAGAUACCUCAUGUGGAACUGAAUGUCUCUCCAGUAAACACCCAAUCCGGCUAAUCCUUCAAAUGGUCUGUGUGUGUACCGGGACAUGUCCUCCCUGCACCCAGCCCUGCUUCGCGUGCCAGACAGUAACUCCAUGGGGCUGUCAGCCCCUGUGAUUGCAAUGCUCCCUGCAGAGUGAAGCUCUGGUUGUCAGUGCCAGCAAGCACUCCCAGUAGCAGUACAGAAUGUUUCCUGUUUAUUUCAGAAAUUGUUUUGAAUAAAGAUCUACUAUUA